CUCUCAUAAUCAACCACUCUCUUAAACUUGUCCAAAUUCUAAAUUUCAAAAAAAAAAAAAAAAAACUAUCCCCUUAACUAAAAGAUAUUCAUGUACUACCAAAGAAGAAACACAGCCUCCUCAAUCUUGGAGGGUUUUUCGCUAAAUCCUUUACCAUAUCCAGUCUUAUUAAUUCUAGCUGUAAUUUUCUUAUUUCUUGGUAUACAAUGGUUUGUUUCAUAUGAAGAAGUGAUGGAAGCUACUGAAGAAAGUUUUGGUUGGAUACUUUUGGCUGUGCCACUUGUCCUUUUAUUUGUCGUCCGAUGGUUGUCCACCAUGGACACACCGGAGUGGUGUUCCGGCGGGUCACCUUGGGAUCGACGGCGGAGGAUGUAUCAAAUGCCAUCUGAAGGAAGCUCACCUUGGGGAGUGGCUGCUUUGAUUGUAUUGUUACUAGUUUUGUUGCAGUAUCAGUCUUCUUUUCUUGAUAUGUGGUUUAUAUAGAGUAGUUGUUUUUAUUAUUACAUGAGGAAUUACUAAUAUUAAUGUGUUGAUUAAGUGUGUAUAUAUGUAACUACUGAUUGUAAUUCAACUUCUACGAGGAAAAAUAGAAAUAUUACAUGUGGUUUAUAUAGAGUAGUUGUUUUUAUUAUUACAUGAGGAAUUACUAAUAUGUAUGUGUUGAUUAAGGCGUGUAUAUAUGUAACUACUGAUUGUAAUUCAACUUCUACCAGGAAAAAUAGAAAUAUGUUGAACCAUAUUUUCGUUUGCA